CUAAACAAAAUGGGUUAUGUAUACAGUGUAAGAACGAACUCUUGGGAAAUGAAGCAAAAAAGGAGGAGAGGAGGACAAGAUGAGGAAGGUCAGGGGUUUAAGGAAAAAGAAAAUCUGGAAGACAUUGAAGAAGGGGGUCCCUCACAACCUGCUUCAUAUGAGGUUCCUCAAAAUAUAAGCACAAAGAGAGGAAUUCAAUUCAUUCUGGAGAAGCUUGCACACAUGGAGAGGAAGCUCGAUGAGCACAUUCAAGAGUGUCAGAUGGCAGCACCUUCUCAUCCUCAAGCGAGAAUGAGAGAUCUGUCUACUGGUGGCCCAUCAUCAUUAUAGCAACCUACCGAUCCCAUUUCACAUUCGGAAGCAUAAAAAUUCAUGUUCCAAUUGUUGAUGCCUUUUCAAUUGACAUUUUACUAUUUGAACUCUGUGUCUGAAGGUUUUUUCUUUUUAUUUUUAUGUUUUCAGGCUAACGUUUUCCUUAUAUGUAAAUAUAAUGUUGACAGUAGA